AUCAUCCGGACCCACAUUGAAAACAAUUCUCCCUGAAAUCCUCUCUCAGCUGAUAAUCACUAACGUUGGGUAUGUCAGCUUCUGUGUCAUCUGACAGUGGUCCUUUCUGAGAUGGCACCUGAUAUUCAACCAAUUCAGAACCUAAUGAAGUUGGUGACUUUGUGACAAUGUGGAGAAAUCAUGUCAGAAAAUGUGGUUUGUACCGGGGCUGUCAAUGCUGUGAAGGAAGUUUGGGAGGAGAGAAUAAAGAAACACAAUGAAGACCUGAAGCGAGAGAAGGAAUUUCAAAAGAAGCUAGUGCGAAUCUGGGAAGAACGAGUAAACUUAACCAAACUAAGGGAAAAAGUCAUCAGAGAAGAUGGAAAAGUCAUUUUGAAGAUAGAAAAUGAGGAAUGGAAGACCCUCCCUUCUUCUCUGCUAAAACUAAGUCAACUACAGGAAUGGCAACUUCAUAGAACUGGUUUGUUGAAAAUUCCUGAAUUUAUUGGAAGAUUCCAGAACCUCAUUGUAUUAGAUUUAUCUCGAAACACAAUUUCAGAGAUACCUCCAGGAAUUGGACUGCUCACUAGACUUCAGGAACUGAUUCUUAGUUACAACAAAAUCAAGACUGUCCCCAGGGAACUAAGCCAUUGUGCCAGCUUGGAAAAACUAGAACUUGCUGUAAACAGAGAUAUAUGUGAUCUUCCACAAGAGCUUAGCAAUUUGUUAAAGCUUACUCACCUUGAUUUGAGUAUGAAUCAGUUUACUACAAUCCCUUCUGCUGUGUUGAACAUGCCUGCUCUUGAGUGGCUCGACAUGGGAAGCAACAGACUUGAGCAACUUCCUGACACUAUAGAAAGAAUGCAAACUCUACAUACAUUAUGGCUGCAACGGAAUGAAAUAACAUGCUUGCCAGAAACAAUCAGCAAUAUGAAAAAUCUGGGUACGCUUGUUCUCAGCAACAAUAAACUGCAAGAUAUUCCAGUGUGCAUGGAAGAGAUGACCAAUCUGAGGUUUGUCAACUUCAGAGACAACCCGCUGAAACUGGAAGUGACACUUCCUCCUACUGAAAGCAUAGAUGAAGAGGAGGAACGGGAAUUAUUUGGCCUUCAGUUUAUGCAUAUAUAUAUACAGGAGUCACGGAGAAGAGCAGAUAACCAAGUCAACUGUUCAACUACUUUACCAAUCUCUAUAAAUACUGAUGGAUAAUGUAACUCAAG